AUGGUGCAGAGAAGAUUCUUAUGGUCAGAAAUGCAGUUAAUUAGUGAACUCAAGAAACCUCGGCUUAUUUUGGGUGAUUUUAAUGUUGUCUUAUUUGUGGAAGAAAAAAUGGGAGGUAGAUCCCUUUCAAGAAGAUCAAUGCUGGAUUUUAAUGAUUGUUUGAAUACUUGUGAGUUGCUGCAAGCAACCAAAAUUAGACUGGAUUUUUCUUGUGAUUGGGAAUACCAAGUUGGAAUUAGAAUAGCUUCAGAUCACUCCCCUCUACUGGGAGGUUGUGCUAAUAUACCAAAACCAUGCAAUGUUCCUUUAAGAUUUCAAAAGAUGUGGUUGGAACACCCUGAAUUUAUGAAGCUGACGAGAUUAAAAGCAAUUUUGAAGGAGUGGAACUGGAAUGUAUUUGGAAAUGUUCGUGUAAAAAUUAAAGAAGCAGAGGAAAAGGUAAGGGAAAAAGUGCUCAUUUCAGAUAAAAAUCCUAAUGAUGAAAUUUCUCUGCAAGAUUUGGUUAUAGCUGAAAAUGAAUUCAACUCAAGGGAAGUUCAAUAUAGUACAAUGAUGAAGCAGAAAUCUAGAAUACAGUGGAUCAAGGAAGGAUCAUCUAAUACUAAUUUCUUGCAUUCUAAUAUUAAGAUUAGGCAAACAAAAAACAUGAUAUGUGAGUUGAAAGAUGACUCAGGUAAUCUAAUAUCAGAUCAAAGAAGAAUAGCUGAAACUCUUGUCCAAUUUUUUGAAAAAAGAUUUCAAUUUCAAGAAGUUCAAGUCAAUGACUCACUCCUAGAGGUAAUUCCUAAAAUGGUUACAGAUGAAGACCAAGCAAUGCUUGAUGCAAUUCCAUAA